AAAUGUGGAGAGCGUCGCGGUCAGCGAAGGAUGAGCGAGUUCGUGAGAUACGUAAUGCGGUGGAGCUCAUGAUCGCUCGGCUCGAUUCUCAGCUUAAGGCCAAGCUGUUGACACUGAUGGCACAGAAGUCAUCUCUGACACAGGAGACAGAACAGCUGGAGGCCCUUCUGCAAGAGAUUGAACGCCAACUGCACACACGCAAACGGAGUGAGUUCAUAUCUCACUCGGCAGAGCUCUCGCGGAUGAUACAUCAAGUUCGGAAGAAACCGAUGGCCAGCUUCGUUACAGCACCGGUACCUGCCGACUUUCAGAGUGAGAUAGUGCCAGGAUAUGACAGCAGUACCUUCGCCAUGCAACAGUUUACUCAGCUGCAACACAAGGCCGACCCUGUCUACUCUCCUCCCCUCCACGUCAAUGGUCUUUGUUGGCGGCUGAAAGUGUACCCUGAUGGGAACGGAGUUGUGAGAGGCAACUAUCUCUCUGUAUUCUUGGAACUGACGGCUGGCCUGCCCGAAACUUCCAAGUACGAAUACAGGGUGGAGAUGAUACACCAGGGUUCGCGAGAUGCCAGUAAGAAUAUAGUGCGAGAGUUUGCAUCCGACUUUGAGAUUGGGGAGUGCUGGGGCUACAACCGCUUCUUCCGCCUGGACCUGCUGGCAAGUGAGGGAUACCUCAACACUGAAAUGGAUACUCUUAUCUUAAGGUUCCAGGUGAGGCCACCCACCUUCUUUCAGCGCUGCAGAGAUCAACAAUGGUAUAUUGGCCAGCUGCUGACCCUUCAGAAUCAGCAUGUGCAGCAGAUAAAUGAGUUAAAGGAGCAACUGACGAUCAACUUGUGCGGGAAUGCGUUGAACGCUGCGAUACGCGGAGUUCAGCAACAAUUCAAGUUUGCAACCAAGCAGUGUCAACCCAGUGGACUCUGUUAGACUGUUGAACACCUCUCCUUCCUCGCCCAGGAGUGGCGGUGUCUGUCAGGAGACACAGUCAGGAAGUAAAGUACAUCGCCGCCGCCUGAAUGUAGUCGAUCUGUCCAGCUCUGCGUCCACGCCAAACCUGCGCACCUGUGCACAAACGCUACCACUGCCUCACAAUAUUUCC